AUGUUUCCGAACGCCCCGAAUGGAGUCGAAGGGCUCAAAGGAGGAUCCCACUCUCCACAUCGUCAGCGACACCAAAUCACUCGCUCCAUCACCGAAUUGCCGUCUUCGCUCCAUCUGCAUCGUCAUCGAUCAAACCGCGACCGCCUCGGGAAGGAGAAAGAGAAAGACAAAGAAAAGCACAAGGACAAGGACAAAUCCAGGGGCCGAGAAAGGGAACGCGAAAAGGGGAAGGAGCGCGAUGGAUUAAACAUCGACGUACAGAGUGCGAACCCGACAUUGCAGUCCACCGGUCGAGGCCGCUUCUCUUUUGAAGGCUUCGGCAUGUCGACGCCGAACAACCUGACUCCCAAUGCGAGCAGAAGAGCCAGCAUUCUCAAUGCGAGCCCAUCCGCCGAUGACAGCGUCCCUUCGGUAGCCACCGCGGCACUUGCGAGUAAUGUAUCAGGAGGUAGGGUCCUGCUAAAUGAAGAUGAAAUCGCAAAGGAGCGCCAAAGGGCUAUCGCGCGGGAAAGGGGCCUGAAAAAGUCUCUCGAGGAUCUCGAACAAUUCUCAAACAAUACAACCCGCCAGCUCGACGACACAUACUACUCCGUUCUCGAGAAGCUCUGCGUCCUCCAGAACACCAUCCUCGCGCUCAAGGAGGUAGCCGUCGCCUCCCAAGACAUGACCUCUCAUUUCACCACGGAAGCCAACGAGCUCGUCACCGACGUCAGCUUGCAGCUUGACGCCUUUGGUCAGUUCGAGGAUCACCAGAAGCGCAUCGAGCAACUGCAGGACCGUGUAUACGCUGGCCGUGACCGUAUCAAGUCCCUCAGCGAGCGGGUGGACCUGGUACGCGAGCGGAUCGAGAGCUGGGAGCGCGCUGACCGUGAAUGGCAGGAGCGCACACGCAGACGGCUCAAGGCAUUCUGGGUGCUGACUUCAGGCGUCAUCUUCCUCGUGCUGUUGAUCUUUGUUGGGUCGCAGUUUGCGCCGGAGAGUUCUGCGGCUACAGUGGCUACGGUGGAAGGGGCGGUGAUGGCGGCUAACAAGCUCGCGAAUGAUUCUCUAAACACACUUAAGAUUGCGACUCUGGGCGGUGCUGGAGAGCUGCUUGGGCAGGGGCUGAGGCUGAAGGAUACUGGGAAAAGAGACGGCGAAAAAGAAAUGAAUAUGCCUGGAGGUUCAGAAACGGCGGUAACAGAAGCGCUUAAUGGGGAAGCCACAUCAGUGUGGAUGUCUCCGGACUCGGCUGAUAAGCUCAGAGCCUUUGACGAGCUGUAA